AUGUCAGAAAUGGCGUUUCUGCUGCAGGAGAGCUACCUCCGAUCCAUGCUCAGUGCUCUGCUGCCCGCCCUUCGCUCCCUGUACGGCAAGGAGCCAGAGGAGUAUCAGCAUGUACGCGUUACAGACAGCCUCGGUACCCUCUUAAGAGCGCUCCUGGGCGGCACCCCAGACCCAGACGGGCCUUCCGAGGCACAAAUUGCCAGCAGCAGUGGUGGCAGUGGCAGUGGGGGGCCUGAGCAUGGGCUACCUGGGGAAGAACAGGCUUUAUCUGGGGCAACAAGAGAAGCAGAUGCUAGCGUAGCAGGCCUGGUUUCAUCGACUCAAGAGUGUUUGGAGCCCAGGGUGCUGGGUUCAUCGCCACUUUUGCCACGUUCGUCGCUUUUACAGCGUUCACCCCUGCUGCAUUGCAUCCCUUGCGUGCAUCAUUCGGAUCUGAUUUCUCCGCCAGGGUCUCAACACGGCCAUGAGAGGGCGGCUCACAGAGGAGUGGACGUGCGGAUCAGGCAGGGGGCUCUGGUUCUGCUGCGCCGCAUCGUGACCAGCAUGCCGCAAGUGUGGGCGGGCAGCGAGGAGCAGUUCUGCCAGGGAGCAAUCUACAUCGUCCAAUCAGAGGAGGCCAUGGAGAGCGCGCAGGACACGUCAGCACAGGAUAUUUUCGCUCUGGGGUGGGUUCAGGGACGCUCGUCCCUUAUCCACCCGUCCCUAGGCCUCCCAUCUACCGAUCCCUCCAGCCCUCCAGGGGUUCCUGCUAUGGGAGAGGUGGAGGUGGAGUGGACCUCUGCUUGCUCGUCCCUGCUGGGCGCUGCUGUGCUUGUGCCCCGGAAUACACCGUGUGACGAGACUCGCAAGGAGAUUGUGCAGCUCAUCCUCGCCAUGGCAGCCACCAAUCAGCUGCUGCCAGCUCACCCAGUCCCCGCCUAUCACCUCCUCUUCUUCCUUAUCUCACAAGCCGGGGGAGGGGAGGAGGAUCCACUGUAUCACGUGUGCAGCAAGGGGCUGAGUAUCCUUGCUAACACCGUACAUACCAUGGAUGAUGUGUUGCUGCUGGCUCUGCUGCGAUCGCUGGUGAAGUCAAGCCUCGACUGCAUCCUGCCGCUGGUCCUGCAAUGCUUAUCAACAAUCAUCGCUCGAAAGACAUCCUCUGCUGCGCCUGGAGCGGGGGACGAACCUGGGACUGGAGUGUCAGCCGGCGGAACAGGCGGGGCCGAGGGGACGGCCAGAGGCUAUGGGAGUGAGGGAGGGAGUGCAGGUGGUGGUGCAGUGGGUGCAGCUGAAAAGGUGGAGAGUGCGGAGAGGGAGAUUCGGGGGCUUUCCCAGUUCAAGCUGCCGCCUCUGGAGGAGCUUCUGCCUCGGUUGCUUAUUCUUCUCGGAAGCGACAAGACACUCACUGAUGCACCGAGGAGGAUGAGAAUCUUCCAGGUCCUAGAGUUUGUUCGCCAAAGCACGCUGCCUUCUGCCUUUGAGUCUCUCGCUCUCGACAUCGAGCACAUGACGCACUUAGCAGAGCGCCUGGAGAGAAAACAGUCUGUGGAGCGCAGAAGGGCUGUUUGGCAGGACGCUACCAUGAAGAUGCUCAAGAGGGCUGUCGACGCGGUGAACCAUGCCGACUGGACCGCGCGGGUGUGUGACGGCUUUGCUGCCUUCUACCUGUGGCCGUGUAUGGACGCAAGUCAACACAUCCUGCUGCACAGGUGCAUGGGAGCGCUAGUCCAGCGGGCAGAAGACGCCGUCUUCAUUCAGCGCCGGGUGGCGCUCAUGUUUGACUCUGCCGUCCUCUCUGACCCGCUCGACCGCCACGCCCUUGCCAUGGGGCUUGGGACUACGCGCUCAUCCUCUGAAACAACCUGCCCUCCUGCUAUCUGCUCUCCUGCCCUCCUGCAGGUAGCUGCUGUUCAUCUGGAUGUGGUACUCGCAACUUUAGAGCAAGUCCUAGACUCCUACUCUGUCUCCAAUCUGCAACGCAUCUAUCAGUUUGUCAAAACCCUCGGUUCUCAAUCAGCUAUCUUCAUCCCCAAAACCUCCUCCUCUUCCGCCUCUUCCGCCUCCUCCUCCGCUUCCUCUGCCCCCAAGUUCGCUCUCCCGCCUCUCGAGCGCCUAUUCAAGAAGGAGACUGCCACGUCAGCAGCUGCUGACUUCCUCCGGGACCCGCUGAUGCAUGAUGACGUGUGCGCUGUGCUGGCGCUGACGUACCGGUACACGGUGGCGUUUUCGGAAGCUUCCAUGGUGGAUUCGCGAAUCAGAACACUGCUGGAUGCGAACGUGUUCGCCCCGUUGGCUGCAGUGGCGUCCCUCCCAGCCAAGACAGCCGUGUUCCAUGCGCUGGCACUUGGGGAGCAGAGGCUGCCGGGCUGUUGUAAGGAGGAAGUGUCUGGCUUCAUUGCGGCCAGCAGUGGUGGAGUGCGGUACACAGAAAAACAGCAAGCUGUCGCCCUCUCCUCUCCACCUGAGGCCUUCUGCGUUUCACCUGACAACCCACCUGAGGUUUCAUCGAAACCAGCCCAUUCCCCACCAGCCUCCCCCUCCGCCUCUCUGCCUGUCUCCACUCACCCUGACACCCACCAAUUAGAGGAAACCACCAAAACCAGCAGUCAGCAGGAAGAGCAACCAGCAGCAUCAACAGCAGCAGCAGCAGCAGCAGCAGCAGCAGCAGCAGCAGCAGCAGCAGCAGCAGCAGCAUCAACAGCAGCAGCAGCAGCAGCAGCAGCAGCAGCAGCCGCCGCUGCUGCUGUUCCCAGCGCUGCUUCUGAGUCUCCGUCUUAUUCCGCCUCUCAACCCACCCACGCUGCCCUCCUUGCUGCUCUGGAAGCCAAGGUCUCUGCAUCAGCAGCGUCGCAUCAGGUGGGGAAGCUUAUAUCGAGGAUGGAGUGGGCGGUAGUGUGUGUGCAUGAGGUGGGGUUGCUUGUAGUGGGGAUGGGUUCGUCGCAGGGGGAGAUGCCCGAGGGGCCAGAGGAGCAACGGACGUUGCUGUUUGAUGCUGCUGUGGAGUGCGUUGCACAUGUGCUGACGGCAGAUGAGGUGGCAGUGCUACUCCUGGCAGCAGACGCGUUUCUUCACAUCACCUGCGCCGGCCACUCCCCCAUCAGCAGCACCACCACCAGUUCAGCCACAUCCGCAGCAGCAUGGGAGAAAUCACUGGACCAGGAACGGCAAGCUAGCAAGGCUGAAGAGGGAGGGUCCGAUCACUUGCAGGGUGGCGCAGCAGCGGCAGCAGCAGCGGAGUGUGAGUACGUGGGGAGUGUGGUGAGCUGCUGCAUGGGAGCAGUACUUCGAAUUGUCUCCCUCAGAGGCCACCAGCUGCAGCAGCAGGGAGAAUCCGAGGCUGAGGAGGGUUCGGUGCAGGAGGGGUCAAAGCAGCUGCUGCUGCAGGAACGGGAGGAUUUGGAGCAGCAGGGCAGGGUGAGGAGGAUAGUCGAGUGUAUUGUUGCGGCGUCGCUUGGGUGUCACUACCAAUCUGCCCGCGCGCCUGCCUUCGCUGCGGUCUGCUCUCUGGCAGCUGCCUGCGACCCCCCUGCCCUGUUCCGCUGCGUGCUACAACACGUGGAAGAAACUUCUGGGAAGCUGCCGGCCGUAGAAGAGCUUUUAGAGGAAAUUGCUCGGCACCCGUCUCUCGGCCCUCAGCUGUUCCACCUGCUCCUACCAAAGCUCAUACCUGGCUUCGACCCUCCCUUCAUCUAUUCCUCUGGCUCUAAGGCGGCCAUCAGGACGCUUGGGUUGAUGCUCAGGCACCCAUCACCCAAUCUCAAGCCAGCAGCCCUACCCUACACCGUCCCCACCGUCCACACGCUACACCUGCUCCUCUGCGCUCUUGCCAUCGACACCAUCGCUUCUCACCCCGAGGCUGCUCUCUCCUCCGAAGGCCCUCUCAGCAAGAGGGUCAACGAUGCCAUCACAGCAGCAGACGGAGGCCUCUGGUCCAGCGACCCUUUCCUGCUGGUUUAUGGGGCUCUCCGCUCUGUCGCUCAUUUCAUCAGCCAUCAGCCUCUAAUCGAGGCCCUCGAAACCUUUUCACCCGACAGCUUGCAUGAGGAGGGAACAGCAGAAGGGGGUAGCAGCGAAAAUGGGAGCAGCGGGAUCGGCGUGACAGUGGGGCAGCUGUCUGUGCUGUGUGGACUAGUAGAGGCCCUUGUGGGGGCUAUGCUGACUGUGGGAGAGCAUGGGCACGGUGUAGAGGCCCUUGUGGGGGCUAUGCUGACUGCGGGAGAGCAAGGGCACGGUGGUGAGGUACCACGUGUUGCGGCGUUUCUCGCCCAGGCUGCGGAGUGCGCUAGUGUGUACAAGUACAUCACUGACGCUGCUCUCAUAUGCCAUGCCAUGAGCGUGGGAUGGAGAAAGGACGGUUCUGAUGUGGAGGCAACGAUUGCAUGGCAGCUGGAGCGCUUCCAAGAAGCUUCUUCUGCUGCUCGCGCUGUCAUCCUGCUUACACUCUCUAAGCUCCCCCAGUCCUCGUCCUCACCAACCCCCGCGGCUCAUCGCAUUCUCUCUACUGCUGCUCUCGCGCUGCAAGACCCAAACGCCAUGGUCUCACUUGCUGCUACCAUCUGCGUGCACCAGUGUCUCUCCCAGUGCAGCUUCCCGGCCAAUCAGACCCUGCCAGCUGCCACCAUCCUCCAAUCAGCGCGAUCCAUCUUGCGAGACCGUGCACCCCAAGCCCAGGCGGCUGCAGCAUGGAUGGCAGGCGCGCUGGCAAGCAAUCUCCUGAAGCAGCAGCAGGAGCAACAACAUUCACCCAGUAGUGGGGAUGAGUGCGCUGAAGAGCCCAUGGCAAGCACUGCAGAAUGCUUGAGCUUGGCGCUGCAGGAACUUCAACCUGAGGUCCGGGAGACAAUGACAACCAUGUGGUUCUUAUCGGAGCAUCAACCAGACUUAGUCACAAGCGCAUGCAAGGCAUCCUCUUUUUGCUUGGCUCGGCUUCUGUCAUCCGAUCAAGUCACUGAGCACACCCUCCAACCGUUGAU